GGAGAUAAGAAGUUUACCAUAAUACAGCUGCUGUGAAGGAAGGACCACAGAUCCGUGGUUGGGCCUGACCUCAUGCCCACGGAAUGUAUUCUUAGCGAUAAAAAUAUAAAACGGACAAGAGGAAAAACAAAUUUUGUUUGUGGUUCGCCAGUGAUGAAAACAGAGAAAUCCCUGUAGUUCAUGUCCUGCUGGACUUCCAUAUUUGGUUCAUCGUGUUUCCAUAACCGAGAAGAUUUUUUGGACCGAUGAUAGUUAUGGACAGUUUGGGGAGUGACCAUCUGCUUCUCCUGCUUAAUAAACGCUUGGUUUAUUCGCCCAUGCGUUUAUUCCAACUGGUGAAGACACCAAAAAGAGACUGACUGAAAAUUUAAGGUUCAGGUGUUUGUUUGCUUCCACAACUUCACCGCUGGGACCGUUUGCCCGCUGAGCUGCCUGAUUGGUCGUGAGGAGCAAUGAUGUCACCGCGCGCUUUGCUGUCCCGGCCGCUUCAGCAGCCAACGCAGGCUGAGGACUCGAGAGGCGCUCCAGAUGGAGUUGGCGCGCAGUGGGAGUAGAGCUAUAGACUGUGAAGGCGUUGUUAGUGCUGCCUUGAUGAUCUCGACCUGGUUCCACUCACAGCCCAGCAGCCCGUCAUGGGGGACGGUGGUGGCGCGUCCUCGCCAGUGAACUUCCAGAAUGGCACGGGGAGCGAGGCGUCCGACUCACCGGGCUCCGCUGCAGCCGCGUCCGAGCAGUGGAUGGCCGGCAUGAGCCUGGUUAUGGGUUUGAUCGUCCUGUCCAUCGUGUUCGGAAAUAUCCUGGUCAUCGUGGCCAUCGCCAGGACGCAGAGGCUGCAGACUCUCACCAACGUGUUCAUCGUGUCGCUGGCGAGCGCGGACCUCAUCAUGGGGCUGCUGGUUGUGCCAUUUGGCGCGGCGCUCGCGGUGCGCGGUUCUUGGCUGUAUGGCACCUUUUUCUGUGAGUUCUGGAUCUCCGUGGACGUUCUCUGCGUCACCGCCAGCAUCGAGACCCUGUGCGUUAUCGCCAUAGACAGGUAUGUGGCCAUCACAUCACCUUUCCGCUACCAAAGCUUGUUAACCAAAGCCCGGGCCAAAGCGGUGGUGUGUGUGGUGUGGGCGAUCUCUGCGCUGGUCUCCUUCUUGCCCAUCCUGAUGCACUGGUCUCGGGACAGCGUGGACACAGACUGCUACGAGGACCCCGAAUGUUGCGACUUUGUCACAAACAGAGCAUACGCCAUCUCCUCAUCCAUCAUAUCUUUUUACAUUCCUCUCCUGGUCAUGAUAUUUGUUUACGCCCGCGUGUACAGAGAGGCGAAAAAGCAGCUGAGGAAGAUCGACAAGUGCGAGGGCAGGUUUCACAACACCUUAACCGGACUGACCUCCAAGUGCAAGAAGAGGCCGUCUAAGAUCCUGGCACUCAGGGAGCAGAAAGCGCUCAAAACGCUUGGCAUCAUCAUGGGGACGUUCACUCUGUGCUGGCUGCCCUUUUUCAUAGUGAACGUCGUGAGGGUUUUUUGCGCAGAGGUGGUGGACAAGGACCUUUUCGUGUUUCUGAACUGGCUGGGGUACGUGAACUCUGCGUUUAACCCCAUCAUUUACUGCCGAAGCCCAGAUUUCAGGAAGGCUUUUAAGAGGCUGCUGUGCUGCCCGAGGCAAGCCGACCGCAGGCUACACAUUAGCUCCUGCGACCUGUCCCGAUGCUCCGGCGGGUUCGUCUCCUCUCUGGAGCCCGGAACGUUGGGGAUGUGGUCAGACUGCGCCGGCUUGGACAACAGUGAUAGUAGCCUGGGGACCGGAAAGUUGUCUCACUCCGAAUCACAGCUGUGAGAGAGGGAGAGGGGGGGGGACAAAGUUCAACUUCUGUUCAGGCAGAUUUAGCAAAAGAUAGUGACAAAAUAGGCGAGUUUCCUUUUGGAGACGGAGUGCGUAAGAGCCAUAUCAUUUCAAUGGGGACCUUUUCAACAACAAUCAUUUGAGUUCAAACACCAGGCGAAAAUGCUAGAAACGUGUUUGAAAGCCAUUUUUAAAGCAUCAGGAUAAAUUAUUUUCCCGAGAUCUCCCUUUGGCUCAGAGAGAGACUUUAGUGUGAAAGAGAAAAUCAAAUUUGCUGAAAUUAUAGCUCAUCAACCCUAAAAUGAGGUGGCUGUAAAGCUUCUGUGAUUAAAAACCUGUCAGGUGCCGAAUUUGAAAUCCGGUGAAUCUGUGCAUCAGCCAAAGAGCGCAGUCGCACUCCUGUGAUUUAUGCCUGAUAUAAAUAUAAACUUUUCAGUUUUGAUUUUGUUCGAUAAACAGUUGAUUUCUGCAUUUAUGAUUUAUAAUGGGGACGUGAGAGCCCGAUCCUCGCUCCAGGUUCGUGCGUAAAAAUUCGCUCAUCACCGCUCAGGCGCACUACAAUAAACUGUUAUUUAAAGGCACUGGAUAAGAGCAAGGCAUUUGUCGGAGUGACUGUAUCGCAGUCAUGUAGAGCUCACGAAGUAUUUUACCUCACAGCCAUCGGCAAGUGCAAUUUGUACGACAGGUAUUUGUUUAUAUUAAACAUUCGUGUAAAAUAGCCUAUUUAUUCCGCGCUGUCUUUUACAACUAAACGAGUAAUUGUGAGGCUGAUUCUAAUGCCCGUUGUACAUAAUGUGCUGUUUAGUGCCCAAGAGGUAUUUGAGCCUCUCCCUUUGUCUUUGGCUUUACAUGCUGUUGUGAGGUGGUGUGUUAUAAUGUCUGUGAAAAUAAAAGAAAGUUUUACUGUU